CUGUGAUCAGUUUGCCGACGGGUGCACGAGGGUGAGACACGCGCGCUUCGAAUAAAUCCGUAAUUAAUGUAAUUACACUUUACACUCGUGUUAAUUAUUCCUGACGCUGAACACAUGUGCCUGAUCGAGCGAUGGAUGAGCCUGUUGCAACGACUGAGAAAUCGAAAAAAAUAGAAGCUAUAAACAAAGAAACGGUCCAUCACAUCUGCUCCGGCCAGGUGGUGCUCGAUCUUGCGAUCGCAGUCAAAGAAUUAGUGGAGAACAGUUUGGACAGCGGUGCUACAGUGAUCGACGUCAAGCUUACUGAUUACGGUAAAACGUGCAUUAGCGUCAGUGACAAUGGUAGCGGCGUUUUGGAACGGGACUUCGAAGGUUUAGGCUUGAAACACCACACCUCAAAGCUUCGGGAAUUCACAGACUUAACUGAAGUAAAUACAUUUGGCUUCCGUGGCGAAGCAUUGAGUUCGUUGUGUGCUCUGUCCGAGCUGAGUAUCAUCACGAGGCACGCAUCCAACGAGCAUGGCUUUAAAUUGGAAUUCGACCGGAACGGCGUGCUCACGAAGAGAGAACCGUGCGCCAGAGAACAGGGUACCACGGUACACGCGAGGAACAUAUUUAAAAAUCUGCCUGUGAGAGCGAAGGAGUUUCAGAAGAAUCUGAAGAAGGAGUACGCUCGCGUUAUCCAGGUCCUGUACAGUUACUGCUUGGUCUCCACCGACAUCAAGAUUACGUGUUCCAAUUUGAUAGCGGGUAAAUCGCCCAAUCUAAUCGUGGCCACGAGAAACACCGACGACGUGCUGGACAAUGUAAAUUCCGUGUUCGGCAAGAAGUCUCUGGACGGGAUCGUUAAACUCGAAUUACAACCACCGGACGAAACAGUAUUGCAAGAAUACAAUUUGCCCAAUGACAUUACUGUAGAUUUCGAUUGGGAGUGUUACGUGAGCACUUGCGAUCACACAGUCGGACGUUCCUCGCCCGAUCGACAAUUUUUUUAUGUAAACGGUCGGCCGUGUGAUUUAACGAAGAUCAGUAAACUGAUCAACAGCGUGUAUCACAAGUACAACAAUAAGCAGUAUCCGUUUGUCUUCUUUAAUAUCAAAUUAGAUCGACAGUGCGCUGAUGUUAAUGUCACUCCUGACAAAAGGACAAUAUUCGUUACGCAAGAACGACUCAUAUUAGCGACACUGAAAUACAGUUUGACAACAAAAUGGGACAAACUGCAAGGGAAUUUUACAGUUAAAACUUUAACGGAAUUAAAUUUUGGCUUGAAAAGAACAAUCUCGCCUAAUCACACGCAUCCGCCGGCUAAAAGAUUACAAGUAUCACCUUCGGUAUCGCAUACUGUGAAAGAGAGUAAUAUUCAGACUAAUAUCAGAUCAAUGAAAAAGCCUGUAGAUGUAGAAAUGAUGAUAAGUACAGUAACGAUAAAAGAAAAAUUAAAUGAAAAAAAGAGUAUUGCUGGAGCAGCCGUCAGUACAGCUAAAAGAAUAAAAUAUAGAGUACAAAUGGAAGCUAAUCAACGUGAGGCUGAACAAGAACUGCAGAGAGAAUUGACAAAAGAUUCAUUCGGCAAGAUGGAGAUAAUAGGUCAGUUUAAUCUUGGUUUCAUAAUAGCCCGCUUGGAGAAUGACCUAUUUAUCAUCGACCAACAUGCCACCGACGAAAAAUUUCGCUUCGAGAAGCUCAGUAACGAAACGAAGCUGAAAACUCAAAAGCUUAUUGUACCGAAGUCGCUAAAUUUCUCUGCGCUGAACGAAACAAUACUCAUAGAACAUCAGCAAACAUUUGAAGAUAAUGGGUUUACCUUUAAUAUCAAUGAACAAGCCGAGCCUGGCAAGAAAAUAGAAUUGACAGGAAUGCCUGUCAGUGGUCAUUGGCAGUUUGGUCAAGAGGAUAUUGAGGAAUUGGUAUUUCUUAUCAGAGAAGCAGGCAAUGAACACAAAGAUAAGCACAUAUAUCGUCCGAGCCGUGUUAGGCAAAUGUUAGCGUCCAGAGCAUGUCGCAGCGCGGUCAUGAUCGGCACAGCGUUAAACACAAGUGAGAUGCAGAAGCUGGUAACACAAAUGGCACAAAUGCAGAAUCCAUGGAACUGUCCACAUGGGAGGCCCACCAUAAGGCACCUAUUAUCCUUAUUACUAAUGAACAAAUGAUCUGUGAUGUUUUGACAAACGUAUUUCAUAAAGACAAUAGAAAUUUG